AUGGAAAGAGUGAGUGUGUUGUGUGCACUGCUGCUGCUGCUCUGCUCUCUGUCAGGAGCUGAACUUCAGGACAGUGAUAUCAGUGACCAAAAACAAGCCAGUCCUGAGAGUGUGAAUGUGCCAGAGCAGCCUCAGCCCUGUCCACCAGACCUCCACGCUGUGCUCCGACACAUGAGCGCCGCCCUGGCCGAACACAGAGUCAAGAUCGAGCAGCUGCAGUCUCUCAACCAAGAACUGAGAGAGCUGGAGAUAAAGACCAGACAUGUGGAGACACUGAAACAGCACCAACAAGAGCAAGGAGCCAAACUUAAAGAGCAAGCAGCUGAACUGAGAGAGCUGAAGACCAGAGAUGUGGAGGCACUGAAACAACAGCAACAAGGACUAACAGCAAAAGUCCAGGAGCUCCAGAAGCAGACCAGUGAAGUGGAGCCAAUUAAAGAACAACUAAAAGUGGGACAAGUGGCUUUCUCCGCCUCUUUAGUGGCUUCAGACACAGUAACCCUCGGCCCCUUUAACACUCACACUAAUUUGGUCUUCAGACACGUGGUCUCAAACAUUGGAAACGCCUACAGCCCAAACACAGGGUUUUUCAUUGCACCGGUCAGAGGGGCCUACCACUUUGAGUUCUACAUCUAUGGGCCAAUGGAUGCUUCACAUCCUUCAGGUGCUGUGUUGGUGAAGAAUGGAGAAAAUAUUUUUAUUGCUUAUGAACGUCAGACAAGUGGAGAAGGCACUUCAGCCAAUGGAGCCACUUUGCUCCUGGAGGUUGGAGAUGUUGUGUUUCUGCGUCAGUGGCAGAAUUCAAGAAUCUAUGAUAAUGGAAAUCACCACAGCACGUUCAGUGGUCACCUGCUGUUCCUCAUGUGACAGAUGCUUGUUUCUUAAUGUUAGAUUUCCUAUAUAACAUCUAACUUUUUAUAAAUUCAAACAGUUCACACAUUUUUCACAGGUCUGUAGCUUUAAAACCACACCACACAGCCUAUGUUUUUUACUUUUUCCUGUGCCAUUAGUGGAAUCCACAGGCAAAAACUUAAACAUGAAAACAUGAAAAUCUAAUGUUCUACAUUUAGUAUAGAAUAAAUAUAACUAUUAAUACCUUAACAGCAUUUUAAUGACCAUCUUUAAAAAUGUAAUCUACAAAAAAACAUCAUUAAUACAUUAAUUUAAGUUGGUUUCAGUGUCUCACUUGAGAUUGUAGGUUAAGAAUGUAUUGCUCUAUAUUUGUACAUACGUCUUAAAUCAGUUUUGUUUAGUUUUGAAAUUAUGUUCUAUGUUUCACAAAGUAAUAAUAAUAAUAAUAGUAAUAGUAAAAGAGUUUUUAUUUCUGUUUCAGUUUUAUCACUCCCUUUACUCUUACAUAGACCAACUUUAUAUCUUAUCUCCCAGACAUAUUCUGUUUCUGUAUGUCGUGAGUUCAGGGUUGACACAGUUUGGUUGAGAACAUGGACACUGACAUAGCUACAUUAAACCCUGUUAAAGUGCUACUAUAAUACCAUUUUCACUGAUGUAAAACUAUGACUAAAUAUUACUACACCACUAAACCACACAAUGAAUAAAAACAUGGCAACCUGUCA